GGUGACGUGGCUGGCCGAGGUCCGGAAGCGGCGGGUGGCGUCUGGACAGUCACGGCUGGGCCGCCGUAAUCUCCGAUCCUCUCUUGCUGCGUGGCGCCCCCGCCGGCACCACCAUGUUGAAGAAAUUCGACAAGAAGGACGAGGAGUCGGGUGGAGGCUCCAACCCCCUUCAGCACCUGGAGAAGAGUGCAGUACUCCAGGAGGCUCGAGUUUUUAAUGAAACUCCUAUCAAUCCUCGGAAAUGUGCCCACAUCCUCACCAAGAUCCUUUACCUCAUAAACCAGGGGGAACACCUGGGGACCACAGAAGCAACCGAGGCCUUCUUUGCCAUGACCAAGCUCUUUCAGUCCAAUGAUCCCACACUCCGGCGCAUGUGCUACUUGACCAUUAAGGAGAUGUCUUGCAUUGCAGAGGAUGUCAUCAUUGUCACCAGCAGCCUGACCAAAGACAUGACUGGGAAAGAAGACAACUACCGGGGUCCUGCUGUGCGAGCCCUCUGCCAGAUCACUGACAGCACCAUGCUGCAGGCCGUGGAGCGCUACAUGAAGCAGGCCAUUGUCGACAAGGUGCCCAGUGUCUCCAGCUCUGCCCUCGUGUCCUCCCUGCACCUUCUGAAGUGCAGCUUUGACGUGGUCAAGCGCUGGGUGAAUGAAGCCCAGGAGGCAGCUUCCAGUGAUAACAUCAUGGUGCAGUACCACGCACUGGGGCUCCUGUAUCACGUGCGGAAGAAUGACCGGUUGGCCGUCAGUAAGAUGAUCAGCAAGUUUACCAGGCAUGGCCUCAAGUCCCCCUUUGCCUAUUGUCUGAUGAUCCGAGUAGCCAGCAAGCAGCUGGAAGAGGAGGAUGGCAGCCGUGACAGCCCACUGUUUGACUUCAUCGAGAGCUGCUUGCGCAACAAGCACGAGAUGGUGGUAUACGAAGCUGCCUCAGCCAUCGUCAAUCUGCCAGGCUGCAGUGCCAAGGAGCUAGCCCCUGCUGUGUCAGUGCUCCAGCUUUUCUGUAGCUCCCCCAAGGCUGCGCUUCGCUAUGCUGCCGUCCGUACCCUCAAUAAGGUAGCCAUGAAGCACCCAUCGGCAGUGACCGCCUGCAACUUGGACCUGGAGAACCUGGUCACAGAUUCAAACCGCAGCAUUGCCACACUGGCCAUCACUACCCUCCUCAAGACAGGCAGUGAGAGUAGCAUCGACCGCCUCAUGAAGCAGAUCUCCUCCUUCAUGUCAGAGAUCUCGGAUGAGUUCAAGGUGGUGGUUGUCCAGGCCAUCAGUGCCCUGUGCCAGAAGUACCCGCGCAAACAUGCUGUGCUCAUGAACUUCCUGUUCACCAUGCUGCGGGAAGAGGGCGGCUUUGAGUACAAGCGUGCCAUCGUGGACUGCAUCAUCAGCAUCAUCGAGGAGAAUUCAGAGAGCAAGGAGACAGGAUUGUCGCACCUGUGUGAGUUCAUUGAGGACUGUGAGUUCACUGUGCUGGCCACGCGAAUCCUGCAUCUGCUGGGCCAGGAGGGGCCCAGGACCAACAACCCCUCCAAAUACAUCCGCUUCAUCUAUAACCGUGUGGUCCUGGAGCAUGAGGAGGUUCGGGCAGGUGCAGUGAGUGCUCUGGCCAAGUUUGGAGCCCAGAAUGAAGAGAUGCUACCCAGUAUUUUGGUGUUGCUGAAGAGGUGUGUGAUGGACGAUGACAAUGAAGUGAGGGACCGAGCCACCUUCUAUCUGAACGUCCUGGAGCAGAAGCAGAAGGCCCUCAAUGCUGGCUACAUCCUGAAUGGUCUGACUGUGUCCAUCCCUGGCCUGGAGAGAGCUCUGCAGCAGUACACACUAGAACCAUCAGAAAAACCAUUUGACCUCAAGUCUGUGCCCCUGGCUACCACGCCCAUGGCAGAGCAGAGAACAGAAGCCACGCCCACUGCGACAGUCAAACAGCCUGAGAAAGUGGCCGCCACUCGCCAGGAGAUUUUCCAGGAGCAAUUGGCAGCAGUGCCAGAAUUCCAAGAACUAGGGCCUCUCUUCAAGUCCUCACCUGAGCCUGUGGCCCUCACAGAAUCAGAGACAGAGUAUGUCAUCCGCUGCACCAAGCACACCUUUGCUGACCACAUGGUGUUUCAGUUUGAUUGCACAAACACACUCAACGACCAGACCUUGGAGAACGUUACGGUGCACAUGGAGCCCACUGAGGCCUACGAGGUUCUUUGUCACGUGCCUGCCCGGAGCCUGCCCUACAACCAGCCUGGCACCUGUUAUACUCUGGUGGCUCUGCCCAAGGAAGACCCCACAGCUGUGGCCUGCACUUUCAGCUGCAUGAUGAAGUUCACUGUCAAGGACUGUGACCCCAACACUGGGGAGACUGAUGAGGAGGGCUACGAGGACGAAUACGUGCUAGAGGAUCUAGAAGUUACUGUAGCUGAUCACAUCCAAAAAGUCAUGAAAGUGAACUUCGAAGCAGCCUGGGACGAGGUUGGGGAUGAGUUUGAGAAGGAAGAAACGUUCACUCUGUCAGCUAUCAAGACACUUGAAGAGGCUGUGGGCAAUAUUGUGAAGUUCUUGGGAAUGCACCCUUGUGAGAGGUCAGACAAAGUGCCAGAUAACAAGAACACCCACACGCUGCUCCUGGCCGGUGUGUUCCGGGGUGGUCAUGACAUCCUCGUGCGUUCCCGACUGCUGCUUUUGGACACUGUGACAAUGCAAGUUACAGCCAGAAGCUCAGAAGAACUGCCAGUAGAUAUCAUCUUAGCAUCUGUGGGCUAAGGAUCCCGCCUGAGAGUCUUCACUAGGAUUCACUCUGACCUUUCCCCACAUUACAUGGUGGUUGCUUCUCCCACAAACCUGGAGGGCCCAUUCCCCAAGCUGCCGUGCUCAGAAACAAUCAGGAUUCAUUCUGCUUUUUUUUUUUUUUUUUUUUUUAAUUCUAACCUCUACCUAGGACUACUAGAGUAGAUCUUGUUGCCCUACCUGCAAGGGAAUAGACAUCACAACGUAAUAAAAUAUUCAUACCUUUUCUUGAAUUUAUCCCCAUGAAUACUUUUUAUCCCUGUAAUAAACCAGCACGUGUUUCUUAA